CUGCUGCUGCUGAAGCCGCUACCGCUCCCGCUACCGCCGCCGCCGACACCGCCGCAUUCGGUGCGUCUAGCAGGAGGUGCUGGUGCUGGGGAGACACAUCAUUUGGCGGAGUGAAGCGGCUAAUUGCGGAGCCCCAUCCCUCAUUUGCAUAGACAGCCGGAGUCCGCUGGAGCCCGGCCAAUCCGAGCUCGCCCCCUCCAUUAAUCGCCAUGCAUUAUUCACCAGCCUAAUUACACAGCCCCAUGCGCAAUCCGCGCAGCCGCCGCCGCUGCCGCCGCACCGCACUCCUCAGACUCGCACCAGCUAAUUCCCUGCAAUUUCCCCCCCAACACGACUUAUUUGCGAACAAUUUUCACACUCACACCCCCCCGUUUGCUGUUUUGCUGAUGCCUCUGCAAAAAGCAGAACCAACUCGCAGUUAGCAGCAUGUCUCGUCGAAAGCAAGCCAAGCCUCAGCAUCUCAAAUCGGACGAGGAGCUACAGCAGUCCGAGGUAGUUUCUGAACACGCCGUCCCAGGGGAAGGCGCAGAUGACGGUGAUAGUGGGAACGAAAGCAGAAGUGGAAGCGAAGAAACAAACGUUUGUGAAAAAUGCUGUGCAGAAUUCUUCAAAUGGACAGACUUUCUGGAGCACAAGAAGAAUUGCACCAAAAACCCACUGGUGUUGAUUGUGAAUGAAGAUGAACCAGCACCACCAUCUGAAGAAUUUCCAGAACCUUCGCCUGCUAGUUCUCCUAGUGAUCAGACUGAGAGCGAGGUCACAGAGGAAAACAUUCAGACCGAAAACAAUGAGAGCUGUGAGGUGAAAGUGGCAGAGAAGGAGGAAGAGCCAAUGGAAGUGGAAACCUCUGGGGAGAAAAGCUACCAGAAUCAAGGCACUUCAAACACCACUCCAAUGACCCCUCUACCUCAGAUUUCAGAACCAUCUUCCAUGACGAGUUAUAACAUGCCAAACACUAAUGUUACAUUAGAAACUCUCCUGAGCACUAAAGUGGCUGUGGCCCAAUUCUCCCAAAAUGCAAGAUCCUGCGGGAGUGGGAAUGCAAGCAGUGGGGUGACUGCCAUGGCCAUCCCAAUGAUCCUAGAACAGCUUAUGGCCCUGCAGCAGCAGCAGAUCCACCAGCUGCAGCUCAUCGAGCAGAUUCGUAGUCAGGUAGCUAUGAUGAACCGACAGCCCCUCCGACCCUCUUUAAACCCAACAGUAGCUCCUCAGAAUGCUCCUCCUGUAGCAGCAUCUAACCAACUCCAAGGGUUUGCUGCACAUUCUGCUCUUCAGUUAACUACUGCAGUCCCCCCAACAGUGGCUGGGCAAACUACAAACAAUCCGCCUUCUACCUUUGAGGGCUCUCAGCAUAUCUCACAGCCUACAUCUGGAGCAAGCACCCCCAACAUAUCCAAUAAUGGAUCUUCUUCUGCCCCAACAGAACCUAGUGCAUCCUCAUCUGCUAAUGCAGUUCCAGUGUCCAUAACUCCUGCUUCUGUGUCAAAUGCUACUAAUAGUUCUUCACAGCCCCAGAACACUUCAACUCCACCCACCCUGGGUCACGGAAAUCUUCUCACCUCAACUUCCAGUCUGCCAAACCCACUUCUACCUCAGACCUCAUCAAAUAGUGUGAUCUUUCCCAAUCCACUGGUUAGCAUUGCUGCAACUGCUAAUGCAUUAGACCCCCUGUCCGCCCUCAUGAAACACCGCAAAGGAAAACCACCAAAUGUGUCGGUGUUUGAACCUAAGUCAAGCUCUGAGGAUCCAUUUUUUAAACAUAAGUGUAGAUUUUGUGCCAAGGUCUUUGGAAGUGAUAGUGCUUUACAAAUUCAUUUGCGUUCUCACACAGGAGAGAGGCCUUUUAAGUGUAACAUAUGUGGGAAUCGGUUUUCAACUAAAGGCAAUCUAAAAGUUCAUUUUCAGAGGCACAAGGAGAAGUAUCCCCAUAUCCAGAUGAAUCCUUACCCUGUUCCAGAAUACCUCGACAAUGUCCCCACUUGCUCUGGAAUUCCCUAUGGAAUGUCACUGCCGCCUGAGAAACCAGUGACAACCUGGCUAGAUAGCAAGCCAGUGUUGCCAAGUCCCACAUCCAUUGGACUGCAGCUUCCUCCCACUAUACCUGGUGUUAAUAGCUAUAGUGACUCCCCGAGUAUUACUCCCAUAAGCCGGUCACCUCAGAGGCCAUCUCCUGCUUCAAGUGAAUGCACUUCUUUAUCCCCUGGUCUCAACAAUUCUGAGUCAGGCAUAACAGUGACUGCAGAAUCCCCACAACCAAUUCACAGUGGGUCUUCUCUAACAAAAACUGAACCCAUCAGUUUACCUUCCACAAACACACGAGUGGGAGAAGUCUCCAUCAGUGUGCAAGUUACUACAGUUUCCACUUCAAUUGUUACCACUGUAACAGACAGCAGUGUUUCCACAACCCUCCCAAACCCUGUGCUUCCAGCAAUCUCUGACCAGUUCAAAGCAAAGUUCCCAUUUGGUGGUCUGCUUGACUCUAUGCAAACAUCAGAAACCUCAAAGCUGCAACAGUUAGUUGAGAACAUUGAUAAGAAGAUGACAGAUCCAAAUCAAUGUGUCAUUUGUCACCGGGUGCUUAGUUGUCAGAGUGCUCUCAAGAUGCAUUAUAGAACACAUACAGGAGAAAGACCAUUUAAAUGCAAAAUUUGUGGACGUGCCUUUACUACAAAAGGCAAUCUAAAAACACAUUUUGGAGUUCAUCGAGCAAAGCCACCACUAAGAGUACAGCAUUCAUGUCCCAUUUGUCAAAAGAAAUUUACAAAUGCUGUUGUUCUUCAGCAACAUAUUCGUAUGCAUAUGGGGGGACAAAUCCCAAAUACACCAUUACCAGAGGGCUUCCAAGAUGCCAUGGACUCAGAACUUUCUUACGAUGAAAAAAAUGUUGAAACCCUGAGCAACUAUGAUGACGACAUUGAUGAAAAUUCUAUGGAAGAAGACCCAGAGUUAAAGGACACAGCAAGUGACUCGUCCAAACCACUAAUAUCUUACUCUGGGUCAUGUCCCCCUUCGCCACCUUCUGUAAUCUCUAGUAUUGCUGCCCUGGAGAAUCAGAUGAAAAUGAUUGAUUCUGUCAUGAACUGUCAGCAGUUGACCAGCUUGAAAUCCAUAGAAAAUGGAUCAGGGGAAAGUGACCAUUUAAGUAAUGACUCCUCAUCAGCUGUAGGAGAUCUGGAAAGCCAGAGUGCAGGCAGCCCUGCCAUGUCAGAAUCCUCCUCAUCCAUGCAAGCAUUGUCUCCAGUAAACAGCAACAGUGAAAGUUUCCGGUCCAAGUCUCCAGGUCUGAGCAACCAAGAAGACCCACAGGACACCAUAAAGACAGAAAAACCAGACAGUCCACCACCUGCUCCUGAAAAUGGAGGUGCACUCGAUCUGACAGCUCCUACCCCGGGCAGACCAGUCAUCAAGGAGGAAGCUCCUUUUAGCCUGCUGUUCCUCAACAGAGAACGUGGUCCCAGCCAAAGUACUCCUAGCCUGGUCACCAGCACUGCGCCUACUAUGAUCAAAAUGGAAGUGAAUGGUCACAGCAAGCCGAUCUCACUGGGGGAGGGCCCUCCGCUUCCAUCUGGAAUCCAGGUUCCUGCUGCACCACAGACAGUGAUGAGUCCAGGCCUCACUCCUAUGCUGGCACCCCCACCACGGCGAACGCCUAAGCAACACAACUGUCAAUCGUGUGGGAAGACCUUCUCCUCAGCCAGUGCACUCCAGAUACAUGAGCGCACCCAUACUGGUGAAAAGCCAUUUGGUUGCACAAUCUGUGGUAGAGCUUUUACCACAAAGGGGGAAUUGCAGGUUCAUAUGGGAACUCACAUGUGGAAUAACGCCCCUGCAAGACGUGGCCGCCGACUAUCUGUGGAAAACCCCAUGGCAUUGUUAGGUGGUGAUGCACUGAAGUUCUCUGAAAUGUUCCAAAAGGAUUUGGCAGCUCGGGCAAUGAAUGUUGACCCCAAUUUUUGGAACCAGUAUGCUGCAGCGAUCACAAAUGGACUUGCUAUGAAGAACAAUGAGAUUUCAGUCAUACAGAAUGGAGGCAUUCCACAACUCCCAGUAAGUUUAGGUGGAAGUGCCAUUCCACCCUUAAGUAACAUUACAAGUGGUAUGGACAAAGCUCGCACAGGCAGCAGCCCUCCUAUUGGUGGCCUGGACAAAGCAAGUUCAGAAACAGGAGCCAGUCGUCCAUUCACAAGGUUUAUUGAGGAUAACAAGGAAAUUGGUAUAAAUUAAAUGUGAGAAAUGUGAAUAACUCUUGGGACUCUUAAUCAACACAUUUGUUCUAUUUCAUGUACAAAUUUGGAAGUUUUAAGCAUUAGUCUUAUGAUCUAAAUGCCUACAUUCCCUUUAAAAUUUUAUCCAUAGCAGAAAAUACAUUAACUGUGUGGCUGCUGAAAAGUUGUCUUGCAAGAGCUGCAUGGUACUUCUUUUAACAGUGAGUUUGACUGUUAUUGAGAACUCUGAAACCUUUAAAAUUUAAGUUAACAAGGAGUCAAUGGAAACUGCAUUAGCAACUUAAAGAGGUUAGACCACGUCCACUUUGUUUCUUAUAAAACUUAAUGAUCACCUGAGAGGGAAAAAAAGAAAAAAAGAAGGGGGGGCUUCACUGCGGCAUUCUGGUCAAACUUACUUGCUGGUUCUGUUCAAAUUAGUUAGAAACUUGAACUAUGUUUUUAGAAAUCUUAAUCUUAAAUAAGUGAUUUAGUACCCCCCAUGCUGUGUAUUAUGACAGUAUCCUUGUCUGUAGUAUUUAUAAUGUUAAGAUUAUGCGGGUAACAGACAAUAUACUAGCCCCAUCCUUAAAUGAAGCUUUUGUACUGCAAAAUACAUCUGGCUAUGUGAUUUUUUUUUAAGCAAGAUUUGUUUUACUAUAAGUAAGUGGUUUAUUUCAAUGCAGGCAAAAUUGUGAAGUUUUAUUGGGAAAGAUAGCAUGCUUUUCAUGUGCAAGUACCUGUCAGUAACAAAUCUUUUUUAUUUAAAUAUUUGUAGCUGCUAUGUGGACAGUUGUUCUAUUAAAUGAAAAAUGUAGUGUGGUCUGUAGCUCAAUGAUUGGAAAACAAGUUACAGACAAACCUUAUCACCAUAAAUUAUUCACAACAUUAUAAACAGUUGUGAGUAAAUAUUUCAUGUUAUCAAAGUUGUACAAUAAAAAGGUAAUGUUUGUAUAAUGUGGUUGCAAACUCUUAAUUUAUACUAUUGCACUUUUAGUAUUUUGUAUUAGGGAGGUUUGUCUAUAAUUUGAAAAUGAAAAAAAAGAUGUAAACUAUUUUAUAAAUAGUACUUUGGUUUAAGGAAAAUGAAAAAGAAAACCUGUUACAGUUUCUUGUUUUGUCUUAAGGUCAAACAAUAUGAGAGAUCUAUGCUACUUAAAUAGAAAAGCCACCAAGAUUUGUCAGAUCCUCAGUACAAUAGGACCUGCCAUUUCUAAAACUGAAAUGAUUUAUUUAACUUUUCUACAAAGCCCAUUAAAAACUGUGACCACCCCUAACAAAACUUUGAUGAAUUAAUCUUAGGACUGUGACAUCAAUGCAAGCCCAGGAAACAGUAAAGAGAACAUUGUGUAGGUUUAAUUUUACUGUAAUCUGUUCUGUCUUUCUCACACACCCACAAACAAGACAUUGACUGCCUCAGAGCACUGGUAAUACGUACAAUAAACUGGGAAGAAAUAUUAAGUGUCUGGCAGUAUAAUCAGUCAUAACUGUAAAAUAUUCCAAAUUCCCAAUUUCAUGAUUAUCGUCUCAGAUUACAACAAAGCACAAUGUCCUCUGAUUAUUCUAAUACCAUUUUAUGCUGAUUACUUUGUUUAAAUGACAUCAAAUAGCUAAAGGGACUGGUUCCACUCCUCUUAAGCUAGGAUGCUGGUGAGGCUGGGGCUUAAUUAAAACUUGAACAGUAAAUGUUUUGUGUACUACCUCAUUUUUGUGCAUUACAAGCAUGAUGGAGUCUGACACUAUGAAUUUCCAUCCAACAAAAUUGUUCAAGGGACAUCAUGGGUAACUGGGUAACAGUGCAAGGAGUUGUAUGCCCCUGAAGAAAGAAUCAGACAGUGAGGUCUUCUCAGUUAAGACUGAAAAAAAGAGGACAAUCUCUUAUAUAACAACAAAAAAAAAUUACUGUAAGAAGAUGGACUAUUUCUGCCAUCAUGUAAUUGAAUGAAAAGUGUUUUGAAGACUUGUUAGCUGUUUAUUUCUAUUGGAAAUGUACAAUGAACUAUACAGCUCUGUUUUCUACAGUGGUGAAAUAGAACUUCCCCAUGUUAUGCCAUCUUUUACCACAAAAUGUAGGGGAAUCUGGGGGUUUCCAAACAUUGGAAAAAGAAAACUGAGGUGGCUUAAUGUUGCUGUAAUUCAGCAGUUGA